UACCUCAGGGACACCUGGGCACACCUGGGGGGCACUGUGGGUACCUGCAAGUACCUGGGGGGGCAGCUGUGGGCACAUACGGGUGCCUGGGGCUCACCUGUCCCUCCCCUGUCCCCCUGUCCCCCGUGCCCGCAGGACUCCGUGCGCCUGCUGGCGGUCGAGGCCUGUGUGAGCAUCGCGCAGCUGCUGCCGCAGGAGGAGCUGGAGGGGCUGGUGAUGCCCACCCUGCGCCAGGCGGCCGAGGACAAGUCCUGGCGCGUGCGGUACAUGGUGGCCGACAAGUUCACCGAGCUCCAGCGCGCGGUGGGGCCCGAGAUCACCAAGACCGACCUGGUGGGCGCCUUCCAGAGCCUGAUGAAGGACUGCGAGGCCGAGGUGCGGGCGGCGGCCUCACACAAGGUCAAAGAGUUCUGUGAGAACCUGUCCCCGGACUGUCGCGAGGCCGUGAUCAUGGGCCAGAUCCUGCCCUGCAUCAAGGAGCUGGUGUCCGACGCCAACCAGCACGUGAAGUCGGCGCUGGCCUCGGUGAUCAUGGGGCUGUCCCCGAUCCUGGGCAAGGACAACACGGUGGAGCACCUGCUGCCCCUGUUCCUGGCACAGCUCAAGGACGAGUGCCCCGAGGUGCGGCUGAACAUCAUCUCCAACCUGGACUGCGUGAACGAGGUGAUCGGGAUCCGGCAGCUGUCCCAGUCCCUGCUGCCCGCCAUCGUGGAGCUGGCCGAGGACGCCAAGUGGAGGGUGCGCCUGGCCAUCAUCGAGUACAUGCCACUGCUGGCCGGGCAGCUGGUGAGACUGGGAGCACUGGGAGGGAC